CUCUCUCUCUCUCUCUCUUUAUUUGCUACCUUACUGUCUGCUAAAAGAGACCUCGCAUGCAGUUUCGCAUCUCUCCCUGAAACAACUCUCUCAGAAUCUUUUGCUUUCCUUCAAAUCCCCAAGUUCCCCCGAAAUUAUGCCUCUCUCUCUCGGAUUCUGAUUCUUAGUUAAUUAGGGUUUGGAGUUGGAGAUUAUUGCCGUUGAAUUUUGUGCUUCUUCGCAAGCUUGAAGUCAUGAAUUGAGUGAGGCCCCAAUAACCGGGAUUUCUUAAAAAGCGUGGCACUGAAGUUAGGGUUUGGCACAUUACGAGAGGCGAAAGAUAAGAGGUAAUAUCGAUGGAGAAGUACGAGCUGGUGAAGGACAUAGGGUCUGGGAACUUCGGAGUGGCCAGGCUUAUGCGCGAUAAAGAGACGAAAGAGCUCGUCGCCAUGAAAUACAUCGAACGGGGACACAAGAUUGACGAGAAUGUGGCGAGAGAAAUCAUAAAUCACAGAUCGCUCUGCCAUCCAAACAUUAUUCGGUUCAAGGAGGUGGUUUUGACUCCUACCCAUCUCGCUAUUGUCAUGGAGUACGCGGCAGGUGGAGAGCUAUUUGAGCGAAUUUGCGCUGCUGGAAGAUUUAGCGAAGAUGAGGCUAGAUAUUUUUUCCAGCAGCUUAUUUCUGGAGUGUGCUACUGUCAUUUUAUGCAAAUAUGCCAUAGAGAUUUGAAGCUGGAGAACACCUUGCUGGAUGGAAGCCCUGCUCCACGUCUGAAGAUUUGUGAUUUUGGUUAUUCAAAGUCAUCUCUGCUACAUUCAAGACCCAAAUCAACCGUUGGAACUCCAGCGUAUAUUGCACCUGAGGUUCUUUCUCGGAGAGAGUAUGAUGGCAAGUUGGCGGAUGUAUGGUCAUGUGGAGUGACUCUUUAUGUUAUGCUGGUGGGAGCAUACCCAUUUGAGGAUCCCCAAGACCCAAAGAAUUUCAGGAAAACCAUCAACCGAAUAAUGGCUAUUCAGUACAAGAUUCCAGACUAUGUUCACAUAUCUCAAGAUUGUAAACAACUUCUUUCUCGCAUUUUUGUUGCAAAUCCUCUAAGGAGGAUCACCAUUAAAGAAAUCAAGAGCCAUCCGUGGUUUUUAAAGAACUUGCCAAGGGAACUAACAGAAGCAGCUCAAGCCGUGUACUACAAGAAAGAGAAUCCUAGCUUUUCACUUCAACCUGCGGAAGAUAUAAUGAAAAUUGUCAAAGAGGCCAAAGUUCCUCCUCCAUCUUCCCGAUCUAUUGGAGGCUUUGGCUGGGGAGGAGAAGAAGAUGGUGACGGCAAGGAAGAAGAUGCUGUUGCUGAGCAGGAGGAAGAAGAAGACGAGUAUGAGAAGAAAGUCAAGGAGGCACAGGAAAGUGGAGAAGUUAAUGUCAGUUAAGACCAACUAUUGCCUCUUAAUUAUUAGAGACCUAAAGAGUUUGAGCUCUUAAAUCUCCUUUGAUUUCAUAAUGGUUUCUUAUUUGUAUAAAAGUCCAGUUUUCUGCUUAGGUCAUGGUGUUUAAUAAAUGUUUGUAAAUUUAUAGUGUCGUGGUCUCAGCACUUGAACUUUAAGGGAAUGUUACUCUUGUCCUAUUACUAUUAUCCUGGAAAGAUUGGGAUUUGAAAAUACUUUUGUGA